AUGUCUGUUAUACGAGAAACUGUUUGUGGCAUCAACACUCAGCUUGAUCGCCUCCAACAACAGAUUGCAAGCCCGCAGGGAUUAGAUGCCGCAGAAUUAUCCACCGAGUCUCUUGAGUCAAUUAACCAAUUGCAAGAUCUCAUCAACUCCAUUUCGGUGACUUCGAAGACACAAUCCCUUCUAUCUCCCGGUCGGUUGGCAGACUUACUUUCGGAUACCUUCUCUCGCCUCCAAGUACAGGCCACUCCCAGUGAAGGAAACAAUACACAACUCUCGGACCAUGUAUGGAUAGUGGCUGCAAAGGCUGCCAUUCAGGCAUCAGGACUGGUCAUGAACACCUUCCUGGAUCAAACACUUCAACUUCAUGAUGAGACCUAUUACUGGGGUGAGAUGCUGGGAUCUAUCUGGUAUAGCGGUCUGUAUGCCGUCCAGAAAUCUCCCGCGGAAUUCUGUUUGUGGACUCAGGAUGCGUGCGUCGCUCAGACCUCUCAAGGGGCCCCAUCCAUCACUGCUAGGUGGACCCGAUUUUACCAGAUUGCCUGCCAGAGUUCUUGGAAACUCGGUGGGCACUCCAUACGCGCCAAAUUGCUAUCUCCGAUUAGAUUAUCUCGGGCAGAAAUGCGACAGAAACGAGACUUGCUCCUGGGAUUGAAAGACCUCCAUACCAGCAGCCUUGGCCUUCUGAUGGAGGGAUGGCAUCUUUUUGAAGCGAGUAACUCCGCUUCCUUGUGCCCCGGGACUAUCAAUGUCAAAUGGUGCGAUUCAGUUCACAGAGCGGUGGUUCUAAUUGAAGCCAUCUUUCAGCAGAUAGCACUUGAGCCUAGUACUCACGAGUUGGAACAGGGAAUAUUUGCCACUCUAGAGAGGGAUAUUGACAGCAUUGAAAUGCACAUACAAGGGCAGAACCCAGUGCAGAGACCUUUGGACUUGAUUGAGCGACUUGUGCAUAUUCUUCGAGAGAAGCUGCCAAACCAUACCACUUCAAUGUCGUUGUUCAUUCGUCGCCAUGGGCGCCCUUCACGCAUCAUCCGAUAUUGGUUACCAGUCUCAGCUGCUCUCCUUUCAGGAAGUGUAUCAAUGAAAUUUUUGACCAGCCGAAAAGAGGAAAUCAUCCAGUCGAUUGUCAAUAUCGGUUCCACCACUAUCGAUUUCUGGGGUAAUUGGGUUGUGCACCCAAUCCGAAAACUCAUCGGGACGAUCAGACAUGAUGAGAAAAGCGAGAUUGCGAUAAUGAGCAAGAAUAGCCUACUGGCUGAUCGGGCGAGUCUAGAGAGAAUGGUAGUGGAUUUUGUCCGCGACCGCCCGGAUCUUCAACAGGGUAUUGUGGCGGAUACCACCGCCAUCGUGAAUUCUGUCAAGGAGGGUGAUCUGACUCCCGUUCUCAAAGCGUAUGAAAGGGAUCUGCGCUCGCCAUUCAUUGGAACCGUUAGAGGCGAUCUCAUUCGCGCCCUCCUGAUCCAGAUCCAGAAGACGAAGGUCGACGUGGAAAUUGCCAUCAGUGGUAUCGAUGCUUUGCUGAAGAGCCAGGAGCUUGUAUUUGGAUUCGUUGGGUUGACUCCUGGAAUCUUGGUCUCUUUUGCGACCAUGAGGUGGCUAGGCAGCCUUCUCGGCAGCCGACGAGGUUUGCGAAAGGGCAAGCAACGACAUGAACUAAAACGUGGAUUGCGGAAUGUGGCCCGUAUUUUGACUUCUUCUGCGAUUUCAUCCAAUGGGACUAUCGCUUACAAGGAGUCUGGACAAUUGAUCUGUGAGGCAGAGGCUCUCCUUCAGCACGUGAAGAUAAUUGCUGGAAGUAUGCAGUACGAAGAGUUCCGAGAAGAUAUCCAAGAUCUUUUGAAUGUUCAGAAUGGAGUGGACAAGCAAAUUCGCGUGAUCGAAAGGAUGAGAUGGACCUAUUUCCAAUAG